UUAAUGCAGUGGUGGCAGCCAUCUUGAAUAAAAUUUCACGGUGGCGUAAAGUGUAAUUCCAAAUAAAAUAAUUAUGUCAAUAAUAGUGAAUGAUAUACAAAAUAAAAUUUGUCAUAAAAAAAUACAAUAUUUAUAAAGACUAAACCAUUUGCAAAUACUCAUUCGGAGUGCGUGAAAAUUAUUAAAAGAUCACCAAUAAAACAAAUCAGCUGUUAUCCGUCAAUCGAUGUCAACAAAAUUACAUAAUUUUGUUUAGAAAAACAGUGUAACCUCCGUUUUUGAGUGUCAUUUUGAUAUUAGCAAACAUGCAGAUUCAUAUAAAUGUUCUGCAGAACAAAUUCUUCAAGUAAAUGUUUAUCCAGAGGGUGCCAAAAUUCUCGACUAAUUUACGACUUUUUAUAGAAUGUAGUCCACAGUACAUUUUUUAAACAUGGAUUACAACAAUAUAUUUGAGUGUGGUGGAUUUUAUUUUAUACACAAUUUUGACUCUGGAAAUCUUGGUCAUGUGGAGCGAGUGCCUACGGAGCUUAUUGCUCCUAGCCAUAACCCAAAAACAAAUACAGCUGAAACCCCGGACUAUGAGUUCAACAUGUGGACUCGGCCAGAUUGUGCCGGCACUGAGUUUGAGAAUGGCAACCGCACCUGGUUUUACUUUGGCAUCCAAGCCAGAGAGCCUCUUGUUACCGUGCGGCUGAAUCUAAUAAACCUGAACAAGCAGGGCAAGAUGUAUAACCAGGGCAUGGCGCCAGUCACGCGGACACUGCCCGGGAAACCACAGUGGGAAAGGAUAAAAGACCGGCCAGUACAUUCUAUGGAUGACAACACGUUCACGCUAAGCUUCAAGUACCGAACGUCCGACAACCUGAAGGCGACUACGUUCUUCGCGUUCACGUACCCCUUCUCGUUCGCGGAGCUGCAAAUAGCCCUGAACUCUAUAGACCUCAAGAUGCUGCCCGCGCCGUCCCCGCAGGCCCCCGACGAUAUAUACUACUGUAGGGAAUGCGUUAUAUACUCGCUGGAAGGGAGACGAGUGGACUUGCUCACAAUAAGUUCCCACCACGGCAUCACGGCGGAGCGCGAGGACAGACUCAAACACCUGUUCCCCGAGAACAAACCUAGAGCGUUCAAGUUCCCGAACAAGAAGGUAAUCUUCAUAUCAGCGCGCGUGCACCCCGGCGAGACCCCCUCGAGCUUCGUAUUCAACGGUUUUCUCAAUCUUUUACUGACCCGUCACGACCCCAUCGCCAUACAACUGCGCAAGCUAUAUGUGUUCAAGAUGAUACCGUUCCUCAACCCCGAUGGGGUCGCCAGAGGGCACUACAGGACGGACACCAGGGGGGUUAAUUUGAACAGGGUCUAUUUGAACCCCUCGCUGCUGCACCAUCCGACGGUUUUCGCGUCCAGAUCUUUGAUUAGAUACUAUCAUUUUGGUUGUGAAAGAGAUGAUACGUUCGACGACGUUAAAAGCAUAGCGUCUCACAGCAUACAGAACAUCAGUGAGAGUGUCGAGAUACUCGAAACGAAGAAGAAAAAGAGCCCUCCGUACAAGUCGAAGCCGAUCUCCAACAAAUCAUCGAGUACGCUGAAAGCGCGGCCGUCCACCGCCGACACGAAACGCGGGGAGCGAUCCAAUGAGGGCUCGUUGUUGAUCGAUCAGCUAAUGGACUCGAAAAAGGCUCCUCCGUUGAAAGGGAAGCCCGUGCCCGCGAACGUGUCUUCCAACACACUGAAGCGACCUUCCACAACCGAGGGCUCCAAGCAAAACGUCAAGGCGCCGAGCUCUGGGGAGGAAAACUUAAGCGAUCAGGUGUGCGAGCUAAAACUCCGAGAGAUGACGUCACAGACGACGGAAACUCACUCAUCUCGUCCGUCUAACAAUCCCUCGCUGCUGAAUGACGAGACGCUCAGAUCGUGCCUGGGCUCGGCAGUGCACCUGAGCUCUAGCGACCAGCUCAACAUCCCGGGCCAUAACCCGCUGCUCCCGCUGCGCGACACGCUCAAGAACAGCAUCACCCUGCUCAUGGGCACGGCCUCUGUCUCUGAAUCCGCGCGCAAGGAGAGCUCGAACGUGCGCAUGGGCUGGUGCAACGACUGCCGGCGCGCUGUCAACAGGCUGCACGAGACCAUCCCCGGCCUCGCGGGCACUGUGGCCGGCUACAACACCGCCGUGGCUGCACGAGACCAUCCCCGGCCUCGCGGGCACUGUGGCCGGCUACAACACCGCCGUGGUGAGUCCGUGUCCUUAGUGAACCACACGCAGUCCGCAUGGCUGGUGCAACGACUGCCGGCGCGCUGUCAACAGGCUGCACGAGACCAUCCCCGGCCUCGCGGGCACUGUGGCCGGCUACAACACCGCCGUGGUGAGUCCGUGUCCUUAGUGAACCACACGCAGUCCGCAUGGCUGGUGCAACGACUGCCGGCGCGCUGUCAACAGGCUGCACGAGACCAUCCCCGGCCUCGCGGGCACUGUGGCCGGCUACAACACCGCCGUGGUGAGUCCGUGUCCUUAGUGAACCACACGCAGUCCGCAUGGCUGGUGCAACGACUGCCGGCGCGCUGUCAACAGGCUGCACGAGACCAUCCCCGGCCUCGCGGGCACUGUGGCCGGCUACAACACCGCCGUGGUGAGUCCGUGUCCUUAGUGAACCACACGCAGUCCGCAUGGCUGGUGCAACGACUGCCGGCGCGCUGUCAACAGGCUGCACGAGACCAUCCCCGGCCUCGCGGGCACUGUGGCCGGCUACAACACCGCCGUGGUGAGUCCGUGUCCUUAGUGAACCACACGCAGUCCGCAUGGCUGGUGCAACGACUGCCGGCGCGCUGUCAACAGGCUGCACGAGACCAUCCCCGGCCUCGCGGGCACUGUGGCCGGCUACAACACCGCCGUGGUGAGUCCGUGUCCUUAGUGAACCACACGCAGUCCGCAUGGCUGGUGCAACGACUGCCGGCGCGCUGUCAACAGGCUGCACGAGACCAUCCCCGGCCUCGCGGGCACUGUGGCCGGCUACAACACCGCCGUGGUGAGUCCGUGUCCUUAGUGAACCACACGCAGUCCGCAUGGCUGGUGCAACGACUGCCGGCGCGCUGUCAACAGGCUGCACGAGACCAUCCCCGGCCUCGCGGGCACUGUGGCCGGCUACAACACCGCCGUGGUGAGUCCGUGUCCUUAGUGAACCACACGCAGUCCGCAUGGCUGGUGCAACGACUGCCGGCGCGCUGUCAACAGGCUGCACGAGACCAUCCCCGGCCUCGCGGGCACUGUGGCCGGCUACAACACCGCCGUGGUGAGUCCGUGUCCUUAGUGAACCACACGCAGUCCGCAUGGCUGGUGCAACGACUGCCGGCGCGCUGUCAACAGGCUGCACGAGACCAUCCCCGGCCUCGCGGGCACUGUGGCCGGCUACAACACCGCCGUGGUGAGUCCGUGUCCUUAGUGAACCACACGCAGUCCGCAUGGCUGGUGCAACGACUGCCGGCGCGCUGUCAACAGGCUGCACGAGACCAUCCCCGGCCUCGCGGGCACUGUGGCCGGCUACAACACCGCCGUGGUGAGUCCGUGUCCUUAGUGAACCACACGCAGUCCGCAUGGCUGGUGCAACGACUGCCGGCGCGCUGUCAACAGGCUGCACGAGACCAUCCCCGGCCUCGCGGGCACUGUGGCCGGCUACAACACCGCCGUGGUGAGUCCGUGUCCUUAGUGAACCACACGCAGUCCGCAUGGCUGGUGCAACGACUGCCGGCGCGCUGUCAACAGGCUGCACGAGACCAUCCCCGGCCUCGCGGGCACUGUGGCCGGCUACAACACCGCCGUGGUGAGUCCGUGUCCUUAGUGAACCACACGCAGUCCGCAUGGCUGGUGCAACGACUGCCGGCGCGCUGUCAACAGGCUGCACGAGACCAUCCCCGGCCUCGCGGGCACUGUGGCCGGCUACAACACCGCCGUGGUGAGUCCGUGUCCUUAGUGAACCACACGCAGUCCGCAUGGCUGGUGCAACGACUGCCGGCGCGCUGUCAACAGGCUGCACGAGACCAUCCCCGGCCUCGCGGGCACUGUGGCCGGCUACAACACCGCCGUGGUGAGUCCGUGUCCUUAGUGAACCACACGCAGUCCGCAUGGCUGGUGCAACGACUGCCGGCGCGCUGUCAACAGGCUGCACGAGACCAUCCCCGGCCUCGCGGGCACUGUGGCCGGCUACAACACCGCCGUGGUGAGUCCGUGUCCUUAGUGAACCACACGCAGUCCGCAUGGCUGGUGCAACGACUGCCGGCGCGCUGUCAACAGGCUGCACGAGACCAUCCCCGGCCUCGCGGGCACUGUGGCCGGCUACAACACCGCCGUGGUGAGUCCGUGUCCUUAGUGAACCACACGCAGUCCGCAUGGCUGGUGCAACGACUGCCGGCGCGCUGUCAACAGGCUGCACGAGACCAUCCCCGGCCUCGCGGGCACUGUGGCCGGCUACAACACCGCCGUGGUGAGUCCGUGUCCUUAGUGAACCACACGCAGUCCGCAUGGCUGGUGCAACGACUGCCGGCGCGCUGUCAACAGGCUGCACGAGACCAUCCCCGGCCUCGCGGGCACUGUGGCCGGCUACAACACCGCCGUGGUGAGUCCGUGUCCUUAGUGAACCACACGCAGUCCGCAUGGCUGGUGCAACGACUGCCGGCGCGCUGUCAACAGGCUGCACGAGACCAUCCCCGGCCUCGCGGGCACUGUGGCCGGCUACAACACCGCCGUGGUGAGUCCGUGUCCUUAGUGAACCACACGCAGUCCGCAUGUCCGCAUGGCUGGUGCAACGACUGCCGGCGCGCUGUCAACAGGCUGCACGAGACCAUCCCCGGCCUCGCGGGCACUGUGGCCGGCUACAACACCGCCGUGUCUCGAGGGAGCAGCCCUUGCGGCUCCAUCCAAGAGUACCGAGAAGUUCAGAAACAGCAAUAUGACGAGCAGAAGGCGUUGGAGAGAAAGCUCCAAGACUUAGAGCAGGCAGCAACGGACGAGACCGUUUACUUCUGUACAAACUGCUUCAAGCGAUACAUCGUCACACAAAAUAAUGAGGAAAUUAAAUUGGUGUCCGGCGUGUCGACGACGAGCGUGGCCGUGGCGGCCGGCGACGGCGACACCGGACACGCGCAGCAACCGACCGACGACCACGAACCCAAGCUGCGGUUACUACCAACACCAACGCCACCACCCAAAGAAGAGAAGAGCAAGUCGCCCCCACCCGCGCCGCGGAACCGCAAAAAAGCACCCCCGCCCCCGCCCAAGCCGAAGGAGCCCGAGUCGGGUCUAUUCCUGUACAUAGAUCUGCACGGACACGCCUCUAAAAAAGGUAUCUUCAUGUACGGGAACCACUUCGAGGACUCUGAAGCGUCAGUGGAGUGCAUGCUGCUUCCUCGGAUCAUGUCUCUUAACAACAUGCACUUCCAUUUUUCCUCGUGCAACUUCACUGAGCGAAAUAUGUACCUUAAGGACCGGCGCGACGGCAUGUCCCGCGAGGGCUCCGGGCGCGUGGCCGUGCUGAAGGCGACGGGGCUGGUGCGCUCGUACACGCUGGAGUGCAACUACAACACGGGCCGCCUGGUCAACGUGCUGCCCCCCGCCGUCAAGGACGCGCCCAACGCGACCGCCGCGCAGCCCCUCCCGCCCAAAUACACGCCGCAUAUAUUCGAAGAGAUAAGGCUCCGCAAUAAGAAUCUGGAGAAUUCGGAAGAUAUAGAUCCCUGGCAGGUGGGGCGUUCUCUCGGCGCGUCGAUCCUGGACCUAACGGGGCACCACCCGAACUCGCGCGUGCCGUGCUCCGAGCACCGCACGCUCGCCUCCGUGCGCGACUGGCUGCGUGCGCACACGCACACGCACACGCGCGCCGUGCGGCCCCAGUUGACCAUGUCCCGGCUGCGACCGAAGACGUCGUCCCCGACUCGCGCGCCGCUGUACGCGCGCUCCAAGGCCAAGGUGUCGGAGUUGGAGCGCAAGGAGAACACGUACACGUACGCCGGCGCCAAGGCCGACGAGCACCGCGCGCUCCGCACGCCGCCCGCGCGCUCCGUGCACGACCUCGCCGCCGCCGCCGUCCGCUACCGGGAGCCCGAGCCCAAACCCAAGGCCUUGGUCAAGCGCCGCAACGUGCUCGCCGUACGUAAACCGAACGCCAGCAAAACUCAGCUCACCAAGCAGAAGCCCGCGCGCCGCUCCGCCGACGACGACAGCCCGCGCCCCUCCAUGCUCUCCACCAAGAUCGGCUCCAAGCGGAGCUUGAACCGCUCCAUCCGCGCCAUCACCCGCGCCGACGCCAACCACUGCCGCGCCAUGGCCUCCUCCUCCUCCUCCUCCGAGAUGGCCGGCUGGGAGGAGGUCCCGGGCGGGACGCUGACGGCCCUGUCCCGGGCGGAGUCUCUCUCGAUGUCCGGCAAGCGCCGCCCGCAGGCGUUCGCCGCCCCCCAGCACCUGAAGAAGCUCCGCCUGAAGACGGGCUUGUAGCGCAAGCCGCGCGCGCGCCCCGACCCGGGCGCGCCGCACGCCCACACCUCCGCCCCGUAACCCGAGGACCAGGGUCCGACCCGACUAGGCCGCCCGACUACUCUUAACAGGGAACGAUUGGCUUCUACAAUUUGAGCCUUAUUUGGAAGUCUUAAGGUUCAAAUCGAUGUCAAAAGGAACUAUCUGAGCCAGUUUCAAGCCUGCUAUGGCACUUAGGUAUAGCUAUAAAUGCAUGUACCGCUAUAGAUGGGUCUUGAUUUUAAUUCGAGGCAUAAAACUAAAAUAAUUCUAUGCUGAAAACUAGCAAACAAUAGCGACUGGUAAAGAGUAGACGGCCUAGUGCGACCGAGACUGCUAGUCCGCAAAUUAUCAUCUCAUUGGCGUUAUUCACCAGCGAUUUUUCAGCUAUCUUCGAUCCACAACAGACGCUACUCGUAAGAAUAAUUGAAGAAUUGCCAGCGAAACGCUUAGUGUAAACACUUUAUCAAGUCUGACAGACGGCGGCGGCUCGCGAUACGAGUAUGCUAUAUAUAAAUAUAAAUUAAGAGUGCUCGACCCUUUUCCUAUAUUUAGGAUAGGUUUAUUUAGAUGUGAUCGGUUUUUCUUUGGUUUUUGUACUUGCCACGACACUCGAUAGUUUCUGAUUGAUAUCCAUACUGUAUGUUUCCUAUCUAAAUAAGAUAUCAUACGCGUAUAGAAAGUCUAAUAGACCCGUUCCCUUUAUCUCCACCGAAAAAAAAAAACUUUCAAAACGAUAUUGUGAGUUAUUAUUUUUUGUUGCAGUUUUACAGAUUUAUAUACUAAGUUUUGUGUGAUGGAAAUUGUAUUGUUUUAAAUAAAAAUAAACGUAUGUCUAUUGCAAAUACUAUUCUCGAUACCGUGUGUGUAUUUUUCGUUAUUUUAUGUUUCAGAUUAUGAAAUGUUUAUACAUAUACACUACAAUACUUUGCACUUUAAAGUAAGGUUUAAUUAAAAGACAUAUUAGAAAAACUAUCCUUAUAAUAUGCUAAAUUUGUAAAGUAUAGUGUUCCCCAUAGGGGCAUAGGGUAAUAGCUCCUGGAGCCGUUUGUAAAAUGAAAUUGAUCUCAUUAAGAAAAUUUUAUAAACCUAUGGUUACUGACGAGGUGUGUAUCACAAAAUAUAAUUACUUAUUUCUGUUUAUACCAAAUAGGUAUAGGAUCCUACCUUGGUGGCAAGUGGUACAAUUACAAUUUUCAAGUUUAUAGAAUUUAAAUGUGCAAUUUUUACCGUUUUAGUAAACGGUAAAAAUUCCCCCCACUUGCCUCGUCUGACCUUAAGUAUAGGUCAGACGAGGCAAGUGGGGGGGGGAAAUACCUCUACCCAAUACAACAUGUUAAAGUCAGGGGUAGAAAGUUUCCCCUACGGUGUAAAGUAGAAAACGCGCAAUGGAUUUAGUGCUUCAAUCUUUACUUACUGUUAUAAAAUAAUGGUACUUGCCCCCAUCUCUCCGUACAUACACACUUUAUAAGGAUAUAGUACCUAUACAGAUAUUGUGCCACCAAGCUACGAUCCAGUAUGUGUCCUUAUAAGGCUGUCAGUAGACAGUAUGUUUUGCCCUAAAUCGUUUACGUUAAUAAGUAAUUAAGCUUCUAUGGUAACAGUAAUUUUAUAGGGUAAAUAAUAUAACACAGAAGUAAAUCAUUGUUUACAUAAAUUUUUGCAACUGUAUAUAUGAUUUUGGUUACAGGAUUCACAAAGAUUGCUAUAUAAUUAUAGGACUACAUUUACUGGUUAUCACAAAGUAGUAUAGAAGGAGGCACAGAUGUAAUAUACUCUUCUGUGUCAUAGCUGUGCAAUAUAUUGUAAAGAAAAAAAAUAUUGUAAUGAUUUUUUAAGGUAAUUGGAAAUUUAAUUCUAAAUGUACUAUUGAAAUUUUUUUGUUUUGUGUAAAGUGUUUAUCAUAGAAAGUAUUGUAUGUAUAUUUUAAAAUAGUAACUAUUUAUUAUGAAAUGUAAUAAACAAUUAUAAUAACAGCAA